AUGGGCAGUGAGACAGCCUCCGUGGAGCACGUGUCCGAGGUGAGGCGCUGUGAGCGAAGUGGAGGAAGCCCGUGGCUUCCAGUUUCUGGGUCCCACAUCGGGGUUCUGAGGGAGAGCCGGCUACUUCCAUCCAUUGGUCAGCACAAUGAUGGGCUAACCCACCGCUUUGAGACCUACUUGCUUUUGUCCUCCCGGGAACUCUGCUCACUUUCUGAGGACUCAGCCCCACCCAGUGCUGGAAAACCGAAAGAAAAUGGCAUAACCAAUGUGCUCCUAACUCCCGGAACUCAGUGUGGGAAAGCCUUCAGCUACUGCUCGGCUUUUGUCUUGCAUUAGAGAAUUCACACGGGCGAGAAGCCCUAUGAAUGCCAUGAACGUGGGAAAGCGUUUAGCCAGAGCAUACACCUCACUCUGCACCACAACCACAUUGGGGAGAAGCCCUAUGCGUGCCGUGAGUGUGGGAAGGCCUUCAGUCACCGCUCAGCCCUGAUCCGGCAUCACGUAAUCCACACCGGAGAGAAACCCUGUGAGUGCAACGACUGUAGGAAGGCCUUCAGCCAGCGCUCAUACCUCACGCAGCACCAGCGCAUCCAUACCGGGGAGAAACCGUACGCAUGUAAGGAAUGCAGUAAGGCCUUCAGCCAGAGCACGUUCCUCACCCAGCAUCAGGUCAUACACACCGGAGAGAAACCUUACAAGUGCAGUGAAUCUGACAGAGCUUUUAGUGACCGUACAGGCCUUAUUCAGCACCGGAGAACUCACACUGGAGAGCGGCCCUAUGAGUGUAAUGCGUGUGGGAAGGCCUUUGGCUACUGUUCAGCCCUGACUCAGCACCAGAGAACACACACCGGAGAGAGGCCCUAUAGGUGCAGUGUCUGUGCCAAAGCUUUUAGUGACCGCUCUGCCCUGGUCCGUCAUCAGAGGACGCACACUGGAGAGAAGCCUUACCAGAGUAAGGACUGUGAGAAAGCCUUCAGCCAGAGCUCGUCUCUUACAAAGCACCAGAAAACUCACACUGGGGAAAAACCCUAUAGGUGUAAAGAAUGUGGCAAAGCUUUUAGCCAGAGUUCCUCUCUUUCUCAACAUUAGAAAACUCACGCUGUUGGGGAAAACAAGGCUAUGGACAAGCUUUUAGUGAGCAUUCAGUCUUUGGCCAG